AUGUCUAUAUACCAAAAAAUAGCAGAUGUGGAGGCAGAGAUGUCUAAGACCCAGAAAAAUAAGGCCACCAAUCAUCACCUGGGUUUGCUCAAGGCUAAGUUGUCUAAGCUCAGAGCUCAACUGAUAGAAGAUGGCUCUUCCAAGGGUGGCGGUGGAGGAGAUGGAUUUGACGUGUCUAAAACAGGGGAUGCCAGGAUGGGAUUGGUUGGAUUUCCUUCGGUUGGCAAGUCAACACUCCUCAACAAGUUAACUGGCAGUUUUUCAGAGGUAGCAGCGUACGAAUUUACCACACUUACAUGCGUCCCCGGUAUUUUGUGUUAUAAAGGUGCAAAAAUUCAGAUUUUAGACCUUCCUGGAAUAAUUGAAGGCGCGAAGGAUGGCAAGGGCAGAGGCAAACAGGUCAUUGCCGUUGCUAGGACUUGCAGUUUAAUACUUGUCGUUCUAGAUAGCACCAAGUCUAUGCAGCACAAGAAGAUUUUGGAGAGGGAAAUGGAAGGGUUUGGGAUUAGACUCAACAGGUCACCGCCCAAUAUCACAUACCAAAAAAGGGAUAAAGGCAACAUAACUGUGACAUCAACUGUGCCGUUGGAGAACGUGGACGAGGAGUUAAUUAGGUCAAUCUGCCACGAAUACAAAGUAUAUCACGCUAGCUUUGCAAUAAGAUGCAAUGCCACUGUAGAUGACAUAAUCGAUGUCAUUCAAGGCAAUCGUAUAUACAUUCCUUGCAUAUAUAUAUUGAACAAGAUUGACCAGAUAACACUACCAGAACUGGAUAUUUUGUCGCAGAUUCCACACAGUGUGCCCAUAUCGGCUAAUUUGGAGUGGAACCUUUCAGGAUUGCUGGAAGGUAUUUGGGAUCAUUUGAAACUAAUUAGAAUUUACACAAAACCCAGGGGACAAAUCCCUGAUUACAAUGCGCCUGUAAUUCUUAGACAGGGGUCUACAAAGGUGGAAGAUUUUUGCCUGAGAAUCCACAAGGGAUUAUUAAAUCAGUUCAAAUACGCUAUGGUUUGGGGGAGCUCUGUAAAGCAUCACCCGCAGAAGGUGGGAAAGGACCACGUAUUGGCUGAUCAGGAUGUUGUGCAGAUUGUCAAAAAGUAG